AUGCCUUUCGUCAAUCAAAUUCGACGAAAACAGAAACUAGCCGCUCAUUUGCUCACUUUUUACAAACUUAUCCGAGAUCCAACCGACGGUAGAGGCAAAUCAAUUGAACCCUUGUCUGUUUGUUUCCUCCUAUGGGUCCUACUAAAAGGGUAUGAUUAUCUAAUCACUGCUUCUGAAGCGUUGAGUGAUGAUAGACUAACGAUCAAUUUUGUCAAAGGUAAAAUACUGAACGAGCAAAUGAAAAGAAUGGGCAUAAGAUCAGAAACAGAAAUCAAGGUCAUAACCGCCUUUUGA